AUGAAACAUGAUGAAAACAAAAUAAAAGUGACAUAAACAUCACUACGUUUCAGCGUACUCAAACCGAUUUCAAUGAUUCUAUUCAUAAUUGUCGGUUUCCUACCAUAUUUAUAUGGUGAGAUUGUGAGAAUUCCUCUCCACCCUUUGAAAAGAUCUGAUUCAUUGGUGGGACUUGGUGCGACUUACUUUAAGCCUUCAACGAGAAAAUGGAAGUAUGAAUGGAAUAAGCAGAAUACAUCUACACCGGAACAAUUGAUUAAUUAUGAAAACCUUCAGUAUUAUGGUGAGAUAUCAGUGGGAACUCCACCUCAAAAGCUACGAGUAUUGUUUGAUACAGGAUCCACUGACACAUGGUUAGCUUCAAGGAAGUGUUGGUUUCUUGAUAUAUUUUGUUGGAUGUUUUCAUUUUACGACAGCUCAAAAUCAUCCACUUACAGACCAAACGGUUCCAUUUAUAAUGUCCAUUAUUUAGACAGUGUGUACUCUGGAUUUUGGAGUGUGGACACUAUACGAAUAAACUCGUUGGAGAUUCGGAAUCAAGCGUUUGCUGAAGUGAGGAGUAUAUUUAAUCUCGAUUACUUAUCUGAUAAAUAUGAUGGAAUAAUUGGCAUGUCGACUAGACGGAUGUCGAAAUAUGGGAAUAUCCCAGUAUUCCCAAAUAUACUUCAGAAUUUCCCGAAUAUGGACCCAAUAUUUUCAUUUUAUUUAAGUCAGGAAAAUGGGACUUCGUUCGGUGGUGAAAUGGUACUUGGUGGUGUUAACCCUGAAUAUUUUGAGAGAGAUUUGGAAUAUAUGCCGACCGUAAACAACAAUAUAUGGGCAGUUAGAAUGUCAAGCUUGAUGAUAAAUGAUACUGAGUUUUGCAAUGGAUGUACUGCUUUUAUUGAUACUGGGACAUCAACGAUUAUUGGUGGAAGAGAGCAAGUGACAAGAAUCAACACAAUGCUUGGUAUUUCCUAUCAAUUUGGUAGAAGAAAUUUGCUUGACUGUAAACGAAUCGACAUGCUGCCUCCUAUCGAGUUUAUCUUUCGUAAAAAGAAGUACAUAUUGGAACCACGAGAUUAUGUUAUUAAGGAGGACUUUUGGUUUAAAAUAGUGUGUUCGUCACCUUUUGACAUUGAUGAUUCUUUACCACCGAAUUUUUGGAUUCUCGGUGACGUUUUUAUGAGAAGAUUCUAUACCGUAUUUGAUUUCGGUCAGAAACGUAUUGGAUUAACUUAUGUUUUAAAUAAGAAGAAUGAAACAAGAAUUUAAUUAAACAGUAAUAUGUUGCUAAAAUAUAGAAAUUACAAUUGUGUGUACAACAGUGAAUGAAAUAUAAAUACAAAAUUUAUAGCAAAUUUGAAUUCAAU